AUGAUGUUGAACUCAACUGCAAUGAAAGACAACGUACCUACAAUAUUUUAUGAAGCAAAGAAGUUGGUGUCAAAGUUGGGCUUAAAAGUAAGAAAGAUUGAUUGUUGCAUAAAUGGUUGUAUGUUGUUUUAUGGCAAUGAGUUUGAUACUCAAGAUGGAUUGUUGGAGGAAUUGGUGAACUUCUCCGUUGGUCAGGGUGAUAUAUUCCCUUCCGGAAAGAAUAUCGCAGUGAGCAAGAAGGAUAUAAGUGGUGUGGAAGUAGUGAAAUUGUGGGUGGAUAAAAAACCAAAUUAUAAUCACUUUGCAAACACUUGUCGCGGUGGAGAAUGUCGUCAUUAUAUCCAGGUGGUUUGGUCUAAAUCAGUAGAACUUGGAUGUGCUAAAGUGACAUGUGAUAAUGGAGGCACACUCGUUGCUUGCAUUUAUCAACCUCCUGCCAUCAGUGGUAGUAAAUCUCCAUACUAA